AUGAAUUAGGGUAAAUCAUACGAAAUUUAAGGAUUACUAAAAGCAGGCAUCGAUAAAAACCAGCAACCCGUUUAUGUUUUGUUAUAUAAUUUGAUUGCUCAAAAUAAAAAUUACGAAGAAAUAGCGAAGAAGUUUUAAUCCUAUUUACAACAAUUCAGACCUUUUAAAGGCUUUGUCUUAAUUAUAUGUUCCUAAGAUGAAGGAUUAAUGGAUGCGAAAAGUGUUAAGGCUCUGAUAAAACAAACUAUAAAAAAGGUGGAUUAAUCGCAAUUGAAGAGAAUUGACAAGUUAAUUGUUAUUAGCAAUAAUUAAAAUUACGGAAAGAAGGAAAAAACAAUACCUUUCUAACUCAAAGGCCUACUCAAAGAUAAAUUACAUUUAUUAAUCAAUACUUCCUUUCUGAAUACCUUGGAAAUUGAAUUGCAUUAGUCAGUCUAAAAGUUCUUAUGCAAUUAAAUCGAGUAUCAAGAAUUAUAACCAUUUUAUGGCAGAGAUUUGGAGACCUAUCCAAUUGGAAAGUCUGGUCUUCCCAUAUUUCUUGAGGAGAUAUUAAAAUAUUAUUCAUAAAAUAUAGAUUGCUUACGUUAAGAAGGAAUAUUUCGAUUGUCAGGUUCACAUGAGUUAGAAACAAAAUUAAUAGAACAACUAUUAUCAGAAAAUUAUGAAGCUAUUUACAAUUCAGAACCUGAUGUAAUAGCAACAGUGUUAAAAAACACGUUAGUGAAUUUGAAAAAUCCUAUCUUCCCAUUUGAAAUCUAUGCAAUUCUAAGAGAAACCAGUCCUGAAAUACCAUCAAAUGAAUUUAUUGAUAUGUUUAGCAUAUUUUUUGCUCAUUUAUCCAAAGUGAACAGAUUAACCGUAUUCAGAUUAGCAGAAUUCAUAAAAUUUGUUGCAGGAUUUGAAAAUGAAAAUAAGAUGGGCCUACAUAACUUAUCAAUAGUGUUCGCCCCGUGUUUUUUUAGAACUAAAGAAGCCAAUCAAUUAGAUCUUUAAGGUGCAAAGACAGUCGUCUUGCAUUUUAAAUCCUUAAUCCAAAAUAUUGAUGAAUUUUUAGAAAAGCAAAAGAGGUUAAGCUAAUGA